AUGAGUAUCUCGAAUGUACCACCAGCUUUAUCGCCUGUAUCAAGUACAACGUCGUUUCAAACACUUCCGUCUACUGCAAUGGUAAAUUCAGGAAACAGUACGACAGGGAAUAGCAAUACGGUUACAUCAACGACAAAUUCUGUAUCUACUUCACCACAUUCUUAUUCAUUAGAUAGAUAUCAUGAGCCAUCGUCUGCUGAAAAAUUUAAAAGGGCGAAAAAUAUGUCAUUACCACCAAUUUCAUCAUUCGAUAAUUUAAUUCGUGCAGCUGAAAAACAAUAUGCUUUAGGUAAUGAUAGCAAUAGUAAUAAUAAUGGAAAUAAUGCGAUUGGUAAUGGUGGUGCUAUAUUUCGUGUUGGGACACCAAUAGGUAAUUCCAUAAAUCAUAGUUUAUCAAGAACAAAUAUGUUAAGUUAUCAAUUAUCAACAACGGGUCAAAGAGAAUCACGUGGAAAUAAUGUUGUAACACAAUCAUCAAAUUCAAGUAUUUCACAACGUCCAUUUGUUAGCAGUAGUACUCAUGUUAAUGAUUCUCGUUCAACUUCAAAUAGAUCUUCUUCUUUAUUAGUAUCAUCUCCAACAGACUCAAUAGUAAGUACAGCUACAACAACAACAACAAGUGGUUCUGUUACAGUGGCUACUCCUUCAGUCUCGGAAUAUCGAUUAAGUGGACCACCUCAAGUAAUUUCAUCAUCUGCCAUUGCAAAUACAUCUAAUGCACAAUCAGAUAUUAGUCUAGUCAGUAUUAUAGAAAAAAAAAUUGACACUAACAACGACGUUACCUCAACACGUAAACAUCGUAAAAAAGUUCUAAAACCUAGAAAAAAGAAACAAUGUCCCUUAUGUUUAAAUUACUACGCAAAUUUAUCAACUCAUAAAUCAACACAUUUAACACCAGAAGAUAGACCACAUAGAUGUCCAGUUUGUGAACGUGGUUUUGCUAGAAAUAAUGAUUUAAUUAGACAUAGAAAACGUCAUUGGAAAGAUGAAUUAAUGUCAGAAAUGUCGCCGGCGACAUCAAAUAUAAAUAAUGAAUCUGUAGAUUCUAAGAAUAAUUCUGAUUCAAUUGUAACAAAUUCAAAACAAUCUCAAUUAAGAUCAUUACAUCAAAUUAAAGGAACUUUUAAAUGUCCUUAUAAUUCAACUUUAAUUAAAUUAGAUAUGGAAAUUUAUCCUUAUAAAAACAGACAUUUAGCAUUUGAAACAUCAAAUUGUCAUCAAACUGGUGUAUUUUCACGUUGUGAUACUUAUAAAAAUCAUUUAAAAGCAUUGCAUUUUGAAUAUCCUCCUGGUACUAAGAAAAAAGAACGUAGUAUAGUGCCAGGUAAAUGUAAACACUGUGGUGCAAAAUUCGAAAAUGUUGAUACAUGGUUAAAUUCCCAUGUCGGGAAAGAUUGUGGUUAUGCAUAUCAUUAA